GAUUACCCUCCUUGUAGACCUCCAUGAUUUCUAGUCUUCUUGUCUUCUUGAUGCCAACUGCCGAGUUGCAACACUUGUAAAGUUGUAAAGUCAAUCUUUUACAGCUGGGAGAAAGUCGACGGAGGUACUAUAGAAUUGUUCCUUAAUAAUUCGUCCAACUUAAAAAAUAAAGCUCUGCAAUUUUUGACACUAUGCAAAAAUAACUUGAAACAAAAUUUGAAUCAUAUGAAUAUGUCAUUCAAAUUGGAUAACAAAAAUUUUUACCACAGCUAAGAUCCAUUAAUCACUAACAACAUGAUUUCGUCUCAGCAUAAUCAAAAUGCUCAAAUGUUGAAAUAUGUUAGUUUAAUAACACUAACUAUUCAAAAUGCUUUGUUGGGUUUAAGUAUGUGUUAUGCCACAUCAAGACCAGGCCCCAAGUUUCAUGUAACGACUGCUGUUUUCAUGAGUGAAGUGGUUAAAUGUGUGACGUGUUUGAUUAUUGUUUAUCUUGAAACUAAAUCAUUAUCAAAAUUUAUAACGACUCUUCAUGUUACUAUAAUACAAAAUCCAGGCGAUACAGCAAAAGUUUGUGUUCCAUCAGUUGUUUAUAUUAUUCAAAAUAAUCUUUUGUACACAUCGUCUUCAAAUUUGGAUGCAGCGACUUAUCAGGUAACAUAUCAACUGAAAAUUCUCACGACCGCUUUAUUUGCUGUUGUAAUAUUACGAAAAACAUUACUCAAAACUCAAUGGGCAUCAUUAGUUCUACUGUUGAUUGGCGUUGUGCUUGUUCAAUUGGUAGAUAGUGAUCCUCUGAAAAAGGUAUCAGACAAUAAGCAAAAUCGAUUAGUUGGUUUUUCAGCAGCGCUUUGUGCCUGUUUUUUAUCAGGCUUUGCUGGUAUUUAUUUUGAAAAAAUAUUAAAGCAGUCCAAUAUAUCUGUUUGGAUGCGAAAUGUACAGUUAAGUUUAUUAUCGAUACCAUUUGGCCUAAUAAGUUGUUAUGUUAAAGAUAGUGAUGGUAUAAGUGAAAAUGGUUUUUUUUAUGGAUACGAUUUGUUUGUUAGUUACUUAGUUGUAUUGCAAGCUGGUGGUGGAUUAAUUGUUGCAUUAGUUGUAAAACAUGCAGAUAAUAUUCUUAAAGGUUUUGCAACGUCACUUGCAAUUAUCAUUUCUUGUAUUGCAUCAAUUUAUUUGUUUAAUUUCCAUUUAACGAUACAAUUUGCAUUCGGUGCACUUCUUGUUAUUUGCUCAAUAUUCAUGUACAGUUAUCAGCCAAAACGACCGCAAUCAGAUAAACGACCUGCAAGCUUGGAAAAAAUAUAAGCUGAAAAGAAAAUAUCAAAAUUAAGAUAAUAAUUACUGAAUAUGUGGUUGAAUGUAUUAUUUUUCAAUACAAUAUUGUUUUCAAAUUUUUAA